CGCCCUGGGGCCCAUUGAAAAGCGUCAUUGUUUCUUUAAGAUCGCGCUCGCACUCAUCGGCGGGUCUGUCCAUUGUUGAGGGAACAGAAAGCGAGUUGAGGUUUGAUAUCCGGGGGCCGGAGGACACUAAGUUUGCGCAUAUCAUCAUCAUCAUCAGUGGAGCAGCUGGAGAGGAGCCAGACACAGUGAAAUCACCGACGGGUCGUGAACGCAUCCUUCCUUCCAGACAUGGGUUGCUACGACUGCUGUAUGCGCUGUUUGGGUGGGGUGCCUUAUUGCUCCCUGGUCGCCACACUGUUGUGUUUCUCUGGCAUCGCCCUCUUCUGCGGCUGUGGGCACCAGGCGCUCACAGAGACAGAGAGACUCAUCGAGACUUACUUCGCCCGCAACCUUCAGGACUACAUCACCCUAGCCUACAUCAUACAAUAUUUCCAGUAUUUCAUCUAUGGCCUGGCCUCCUUUUUCCUCCUCUACUGCAUCGUGCUGUUGGCCGAGGGCUUCUACACCACCAGCGCUGCCAGGCAAACCUUCGGAGAGUUCAGGAGCACCAUGUGCGGCCGCUGCCUCAGCUCCUCGUUCAUAGUGAUGACAUAUGUACUGGCUGUGCUGUGGCUGCUGGUGUUUGCCUUCUCCGCCCUGCCUGUCUACUUCUUCUACAACAUGGAUGCCACCUGCCACACUAUCGACGUCCUGACCGAGACCCCAGCGAGUAUCAACCAGCUCUGUGUCGACGCGAGGCAAUACGGGCUCCUGCCAUGGAAUGCAGUGCCAGGGAAAGCCUGUGGAAUGACUCUGUCCAACGUUUGCAAGACCAGAGAGUACCGAACGACCUACGACCUCUACAUCGCUGCCUUCGCCGGAGCGGGCAUCACUCUGUUGGCUCUGCUGACCUAUACUGUGUCGACCACCUAUAACUUUGCGGUUCUGCGGUAUCUGGGGAGAAAGGGGAUAGGUGCACGGUGUUAGGCUCCCCAGCUUCCUGUCUGCUCUGUCACUUCUUCACCACCAACCUGGGGCUCUAAAGGUGCACGGUUGCGUGCACUUGGCUGUGUACCAGGUGUACCAGAGGAAGCUGAGGCGCAGGGUGAAAGAGGAGAGCGCAGGCUACGACCUGUGUGGGAGGCUGCAGAGGGACAGAGGGGGGGUGCUGUGUUCUCCGUACCCUGCAAGCACGCCGGACGCCUCCUGACAGCGGCACCAGAUUCACUGCAGAAGCUUCACAACUGAGCUGAUCAUCAAAAUAAUAAUGUUUUGUUUUCAACUUUGUAGUAAUUAUUAGAUCGAUUCCCUUCAUUGUUAAGUUGUAACAUGGUACAAACGAAGUUAUGUUUUUUUUCUUUACAAUGGCUGAAUAUAUUCUUAAGUUGGAGAUUUAAAAAUAUGUAUUUUGAAAAGCAGGCAGGAUGAUAAAAACAAUUCUGUCUCGGUCAGAUUUCCCAGUAUGCAGUGCAUGCUUGACAUCCUUAUUUAAUGAAGGGAAAAUAAACAGUGUUCACUGUC